GCCACUGUCAUCUUUGUCCCCAACAACCACCGGCCCAGGUCGAUCCCGCCUUCUCCACCAUUUCCCACAGUCUCGUCGCAGUAGAAAACGAUGAACGGGAACAAAGCGUCUCCCUUGAGGGACAAAUUAGUCUCAAAUUCGCCAGAUCCCGUCAAAUCGUCUAUUUUGAGGGAGUCGGGCAUGGGAUGGAGUCCGUCCGAUGCCACCAGCGGAAACGGAACAAAGACAUCUCCUCUGCGCUUUUCAAAGCGUGACAUCCCUGUCCGACCACCGAUGCCAGACCUUGCUCGUCGUUCCUCGUCGAGCUACCGUCAUCUUCGCAACAACAACCUUGUUUCUAAAUCUCCUUUCAAGUCUCAAAUUCCUAUGCCUUCCACUCCUUCGCGUAAUGCACACCCUGAGUUACCGUCUUCUCGUCGUGUCUCCGGAGAAAAACGUCCCAGGCCUACGUCCCUGCACGACCAAUCGGAGACAGAGAACGAGCGCCCGUUUGCUCUGAAGAGGGAAAGGCGUCAGUCCAAGACCUUUCAAGGGCUUAUCAACAAAGAGUCAGUCAAGAAAAGCCCUUUCUUGCACACAUCGAAUACAGAGGAGUCUGCCACCUCAGAUUGCCAAUCGGAACCUGUUGUUUUCCAGCCGCCUCCUACAUAUCCAGUCUCGCCGUCCAGAAUAUCGGCGCCUCUGCCCAGUAGUGCUUCACCUGCCCGCUCAUCUCUUGUUUCCAGGCGCUUGCAUGGUCCGCGACUAAGCGGGCGGCGAGAGCGAAGGAAGACAGUCACCUUCGACGAACGUUGCGACGUCGUUGAGUUUGACCGCGAGGAAGAGGAUAUCAGUGACGAUGCUCUGGGGAGUGAUUAUUCCGACCAUGAGGGCUUUGAGGAGGAUUAUGACGGUGUCGGGGAUGUCGAUUCUUUUUUCCAAGGGCCCAACAGCAGUGGUGAGGCCGAUGACCAUCCGGAUGACUCGUACGAAAGUAUCGAGAUUUCUGACUCUGGGCAAAAGCUGGAGCUAGAUCCUGAUACUAGCAUCACUGGCCUAGUCGAUGCAAUGUUUGGAUCUCGUCAAACAAGUACUCCGCCGCGUCACAAUACUGACAUACCUACCGACCUUGACACCGAGGAUGGGGUUCCUUUUGGCCGCACCCAUCAUGCUGAAAGAGCUGCACACCAUCGCCAAGAGUUCACACCGCCUGUCGGGAUUCCUUUUAAUCCAUCGUCGACGCUGCGUUCCGCUUCAGAGUCUCCCAUUGCCCCAUCCCAACGAAUGCUCGCGACCCCGCCCAUAGAUGACUCUUUCAGUGGCUCUGACAAACACGGAGACGGCGGAAAUGCAGACAUACAGAAGUUACCUGAAUCACCUUCUCCUAUGAAGCCUCGUCCUAGCCCUCGCGCUUCAGUUUCCAGACUUUCUGGCGGUUCUCCGGCCCAACCAGGGAUAUCUGGUCCUGAUCCAUUCGCUCUGCCAAGUCUAAAGGACGCAUCCCUUCCGGACGAAUGCGACGGCAGAGAAGAUUCUGCCAACUUUUCAUUACCAGUAUCAGGUGUGAGUAUCGGUGCAAUAGAAGCAGAGUUCAAAGUCCAUAAUACGCCACUAUCCGAAGAACCUAAGCCCGCGUUUGAUGAUUCGGUGCGCAGUUCUCCUUCCGCAUCGUCCCCUAGUCCAGCGCGGAGAUCACCUUUGCCGCCCAUCCCAACAGAGGCGGGCAUGCCUGCAUCUUACGCAUCCCCCACAGUGCAUCCUACUUCCAGCGUCGAAACGCUUACCAGCUUUAGCCACCUACGAUCUCGCAUCAGCAGGGAGGAUAUUCAAAAGCGUCUUAGUCGACAGUUAAACACAGGUAGUCCGAGCCCAGCAAACAGCCCACGCCCUUUUGAUAGGCCACGUUCCCUAGACAGCCCACGCCAUAGCUUCACGGACAGUCCGCGCAUCGCUACUACCGACUUUUCAAGGGCUACCGAAAGUCCUUGGCCUGUCGAUAGUCCUCUACGUGGCAACGGUCCACAACCAGUGGAUCCCUAUGAGGCCGUCGAUGUCGCGAGUCUGCUAUCAGCCGAUACGGCAGGACCGGCAGAUAGUCCUCAUGGGAGCCUUAACUCCUCAAGAAGUCCUACCGAUGACAGACGACAAGACGAGGAGAAGGAUCGUGAUACUACUUCAAUCAUGACUGCGAUGACAGACGCCAGCAUUACCAGUUCAGAAACAGCCGUUAUCCAGACUGCCGAGAAGAAGGUUAUUGGUGCCAUUGGCAUUGCCAGCUCCGACUAUCAUGAGGAGCCAUCGGUCGUCCAUGAGGAGUUUGGAAUGCUAAAGCCUGCAGAUAGUGGACAGAGGCUGAAGUUUGAUUUUGGAAGCAAGUUCGGAUUGGGAGGACUUGGUAUUGACGAUAUAGAGCUGGAUGAGACAGAAAGUCCUUUCGCGUCGAAGUUGGAAUUAACGCCUACAAGCGGUAAUCUGGAUACGGCUCCAACGAAAAGCACUGCCAGGACCCAAGUAGCAUCAGUGGACGUUGACAUGGAUAUGCGAAGUGCUCUCGAUAGGCUGCUGGACGACGUUGCAGGCCAUCAGGUUGAACAAGAUGACCUUAUGAUGACUGAAGACGGUGAUGCCUCCUGCGCCUCUGAGGAGAAAACUGAUACUGAGGCGUCACCGAGCAAGCCUCGCCUCAUGGAGAGGGCUGCCACGGAUUCCGCGCUGGUCGUCAAUAGUCCUGGCAGUGGGGUGGUUAGCAGAAGUGUCAGCGGGUCUUCGGCAUCUUCCGACCCUCCCCCUGUUCCGCCUAAAGAUAACAUACGUUCCCGUGAGGCCAUGAUAUUAGAGAAACGACGCGAGAUGAGAAGGUUGGAAGAAGAGGAAGAGGUGGAGUUUUUGAGUCGGGCGGCGAAACGAGAUAAUCAUCCCAUGGUCAACACAGGGAGACCCAGCAGGAGGCGAAGCCGAAGCACUGGAGAUGUCGAAGGUAUUCGAGGAAAUAUGCGGCGUGGUGCCGACGGAAAGUUAUUGGAUGUCGUGGCACCCACGAGUGAUGAUCCUCUCGCCGACAGCAUUGAAAAGGAGUUAAAGAAGUUAGAGGAACCAAGUAAAAGUAAAUAUCAUGUCCGACAACAUGAAGGGACAAUCUACGCGUCGUCGGAUACUGAUAGGGUAUCACAUAUGGCUGGCGCAGGCGAUGUGAAUGCCGGAAAGGCAUGGCGGCCGGUGCGGAGGCCGUCAGAUAUGAAUGAGUACGCGAAACAGAUCAAAGAAUAUCGAGCCCAGGAGAAGCCAGGAAAAGCCUAUGGGAAAGUAUUCGUGAAAGUCUUGGGAUUGCGUGGCAUUCGGGUGCCGAUGCCCAAAGAACCGACGGCGGUAUCAUGCACUCUUAACAACGGUAUACACUUUGUCACAACACCCGAGUGCAAAUUUACUACAGAUAGUCCUAUCAACCAAGAAUUUGAACUAAUCGAACAUAGCAAACUGGAAUUCACACUCACCCUGAAGAUUCGUCGGGACCCUCAUAUUAUCACUCAGUUUAAAGCCGUCGUGCCACAACCUCCCCCCCAAGCCGUGGCUCCACCACCUGUCAUUACGCAUGCAUCCUCAAAAACGGGCAUGCGCAGUUUCUUCUCUUCGUCUCCUAAAAAGCCGAAGGAGAAGCUGAAGCAUCCUGUUCCCGCUGCCGUGCAGGUACCUAUUGUACAGACGCCGCGGCGACUCGUUGAGAACCUAGCACGCUACUUGAAGCCCGACGGGACUCUUGCGCGGGCCUUCAUUGCGUUCAAGGAUGUUGCCCACCGUUGUGAUACCAGACUAUUCGAGACUGCGUUUCCAUUGAUCGGACAAAGUUUAGAGCCAGACAACAAGGUCUCAACCCUACAGGUUGGGGAAAUUGUGCUCCAGAUUUUUAGGUUGCCGCCGCUGCCAGGCAUCACACCUGAUGAACUACCGCAAAGCCUUGAAGAAUGCCACCGCGGCUUGCGCCAUAUCAACUGGCACAAGGUAACCUACUUUGAAGGAACUCUUACCCAGAGCGGAGGGGAUUGCAGUUCGUGGCGUCGUCGACAGUUUCGGGUUAUAGGAUCGGACCUCGUUGCCUUUAACAACGUCACUAAGAGAGUGACAGCAACCAUUGACCUCAAGAAAGCGACUGCUAUUGAAGAUGAUCAACCGAAGGAGAAAGCAUUAAGUCCUGGUGCACGUAGUCGAUAUGCUGAUGAGUAUGAUGGAAUGUAUGGGGUGGAACGCUCGUUCCGCUUGAUUUUCCCGGAAGAUGAAAUCGCGUUCUUCGCUGACACAGACGAAGAAAAGGCACGAUGGUUGGAUGUGCUCCGUGCCCUUGUUGGUCACAUACCACCUCACCCUUUAUGGGCAGAACUGCUCUGGCAGCGUCAAGAAGAGCUCUCAAAGAAGACCAAGAGUGGCUCGGCGCCAAUGCGUCCAUCAUCUUCAAAGACUUUGACCGUAACGUAGAUCGUUUAGGCUUAUCUUGUGCAUAUUUUGCUUUACGAAGGAAUUUUCUCCUUUUCGACAGACUCUUCUCUUUCAGAUUCACGCUACCGUGUAUUGUGUGCUACUUACUUAUUAUUGUAUAUGUCCCCUCCACUACGGGGCUCGCAGAUAUCUAUUGCAUGAUAAUGCCAAACCAGAUUCACACGAAAGUACUGUAGCAAACGUAUAUCUGUAAUAAGAAUAUUUCUACUAUUACAGUA